AUGCCACGAUCACAACCAUCACCGCCCAAUAGGGUAUUGGUGGAUAACUCAGAUCGAGGUGUUUCUGAAAGCCCUGUUUUGAAGACCCAUAGAUCGCACUCACAUGACGUCCAACUGCCCACGCCGACUAGAAGCGUUGGUAGUCUUUCCCAUCUGCCACUCAAUAGUCCCUUUUCUUUGAUGAACGAAGCAGAAGCGUGUCUGUUUCGGCACUACGUACAGAAGCUAGCCGUCUGCCUUGACCUUUGCGAUCCGUUGCGUAAUUUUGAACUAGUGGUGCCGCAACGUGCCAUAAUGUGUCCAACGUUGCUAAAAGCAAUAUUCGCGAUCGCAGCUAGACAUUUGAGCCAAACGAGUGACUACGAUCCGUUGGCUUCGAAUAGAUACCACGACGAAUGUCUGGGUUAUCUUAUACCAAUGUUGAACAACUCAUACACAGUCUCCGAUGAGAACUUGUUCGCUGCUACUAUUAUUCUGCGGAUGUUGGAGGAAAUGGAUGCCUGCUCAGGACACGAUAGUCAUGGCCAUUUACUUGGAAUUCAUGCUUUUGUAAAUGUAGGCGAUCAGAUCAUGCUACCAGGUAGCUUGAGUGCCGCCUCAUAUUGGGUUGGUUUACGCCAGGAGAUUUAUAGUGCUAUGAGCACACAAUCACCUGUCAAGAUGAGCCUUAACCAUUGCAUCGUCGACCGCUCCCUUGAGCCUACAGACGACUACACCUGGUCGAACCGUGCGGUAGUCAACCUGGCGGAUGUUCUCAACUUCUGCUUUUCAGAGGUCAAUCAUACACCAUCACGUUGGACGUACCUUAAUGAGCAAUGUACAAAGUGGGAUGAAAUGCGGCCGCCAUCGUUUGAGCCGUUUUUCUUUAGAGAACGGAUGGCUGCAGAUACCUUUCCACAGAUCUGGUAUCAUUCAAGUUGUCAUGUAAUUGGUGUGCAACACCAUAUUUUAGCUCAGUUGUUUCUAGCCCAGUUCGAUCCUGCAAUACCAAGAGUGGGGACGAGGAGAGGAGCUGCAGUUAAGGCUAUGGCGAAACGAGUCGACUAUUUGAUGCGCCAGAUCUGCGGCAUUGGAGCUUCUAACCAGUGGACCCCUCCCGCUUUAUUUACUGCCUCAAUGGGCAUUGCCAUGUUCGGUGACCAGUUUGAAGAAAGAAUAGACCAGGAAGCAAUGUUGGAAGUACUUAGAAAGACUGAAACAAACCAUGCGCGCCCAACCAAAGCAAUUCAAGAACAACUGAUGAGAGGGUGGGGUUGGAUACCGACCUAUGAAGAUGGCUAG